AUGGAUUUUGAUAGCAACGAUGGUACGAUUGUUAAGAAGAUUCAGGAGAACAUUGAAGAACUGGGACAGCAAGUACAACAUCUGGAUUCAUUCGUCGCCCGAUUGACAGAAAGCGAACAAUGUCGUGAGCAUUUCAAUGAGUUGGCGCACAAGGCUCAGAUGUUGUCAAAGGAGACGAAUCAGCUGAUGAAGCAACUUGUUCAGCUGAGCAAUGCUAAUCGGUCAUUGCGUAUUCAUCGUGAACGUCUUCAGAAUGAAUAUAUAGGUGUUCUGAACCGAUUACAAGGUUGUCAACGUCGUGCUGCUCAAACAGAGAAGGCCAGCAUGCGUCAGAUUCGUGAUGCAGCUGAGCAGGAUGCGGAAGCUUCGAAACGUAUGGAGAAUGAUGCAAACGACCGCGAUAUGCAGAUCCAAAGGCAGCGCCAGCAGCAAAUUAAUUUGAAUGAAUUCAAGGAGAGACAGCAUGCUUUGCAACAACUCGAACAAGACAUAGGAGAUGUAAAUCAAAUAUUUGCCGAUUUGGCGCGAAUUGUCCACGAUCAAGGCGAUAUGGUUGACAGCAUUGAAGCGAACGUGGAGCAUGCACAAAUUCACGUUGAACAGGGUGCGACCAAUAUCCAACAGGCUGUCUAUUACAAUCAAAAAGCUCGUCAGAAAAAGAUGCUCCUAUUCGCCUUCAUUGUAAUUCUUUUCUUAAUAAUCGGAUUGACUAUUUAUCUCGCUCGAUAG